CCAGACAAUAAACGAUUCCGGACCCGGGUUUCUGCAGAUUUCUCUACCGAAGAGUCGCUUCCAAUUAAGUGUUGAAGAUGGAAAAGUCAAGUGCGCGGUCGUUGGUGCUGGUGCUAUUGCUGGGAUUGGCACUGGUUGAAACGAAGGACAUGUUCAAAGACUGUGCUGGGAUGGGAAACUCGGUGUCCUGCUACGGGGCAAAAAUGGUGCGAAAUGUGGUUAAGCAAUUGGCGAGUGAAAAAUCCUUGCAACUCGUACCGGGCGUGGAGAUUGUAGAGGCUGUGACGCAACGAAAUGAAGAGGAACGGGCAUACAAUGAGAUUACAAGUGAGCCAGAAGAUACCGGCCUGCUGGGACGGAUUACACGAUAUUUGACCAGCCAUGAACUGAAAAUAAACCUCGGCGAGAUGAUCCGGAAAAGUGAACUGCAGCGCAUGGUUCGGACGACGCUGACGACGGUGCACGAGGAGAUUGCGGGAGACGUUGAAGAAGCCCGCAAAAAGGACAAAGGAGGCCUGGGAAUCGUCCUGAUGAUGGGCGUUAUGAUGAGCAAAGUCCUCGGUGCACUUGGAUUCGGUGGAGUGGCCAUGCUCGCGAUGAAGGCACUUGGUGUGUCGAUGAUGGCCCUGCUAUUGUCCGUCAUUUUGGGCCUGAAGAAACUAACCGAAGGCGGUGGCGAUCACAAGGGUCGUCAGAACGAUGAGGAUAUUCAGGUAUUUUCCAAUCUACCGACAAAGUCAUCGAACAACGGAGGCUACGAGGGACACUACAGUGCAGCAGGUGAAUCGAGACACCGGCGGUCACCGAGUUUGGCCUAUCGAGGAUGGACCGGAGUGGAGCAGUGAUUGUGAUGGAUUUGU